GGUGCCCAUUAUUUAUCUACAAAGAGGUUGUGACCGAACUAUCGCCCACAACUCGCAAGCUCGUUCCAUUAUACCAAAACCAUGCUAAUAACCAGAUGGCUUAAGCAUGCAUGUCGAAAUAUCUACGGCCCGACUACUCCAUAAAGUUCAGGAUCUAAUCGACAAAUAUCAAGGUCGUUACGUGUAUACAGGUGACGCACGGCAUGACGCUAGUAUCAAAACUUUUGAAAGGUGAAUAAGACAACCCUCAUCGCGCAAUACAAGUAGUUCGUGCAAGUAGUUCAUACAUACACACAAUUUGUUUCAGGUCUGUAGAGAGCUAGGUUGACAAAAUAACAGACAAGGCUAAGGCUGUUAAUUGGUAGUCCUCCUCCAGUAUAUGUCUGCAGCGGAUCCAUUGGUUGUGGCUCAUGUUAUGCAAGAUGUGCUUGAUCCAUUUACAUCAACCGUUCCAUUAAGGAUAGCCUACAACAAUAGGCUAGUUCUGGCAGGUGCUGAGCUAAGACCAUCUGCAAUUGUAAGUAAGCCACGAGUUGAUAUCGGUGGCAGUGACAUGAGAGUUCUACACACCCUGAUAUUGGUGGAUCCAGACGCUCCAAGCCCAAGUCACCCAUCACUAAGGGAGUACUUGCACUGGAUGGUGUCAGACAUCCCUGGAACAACUGGUGCCAGCUUUGGCCGAGAGCUUGUAGUUUAUGAAAGACCAGAACCAAGAUCUGGUAUCCACCGGAUGGUAUUUGUGCUGUUCCAGCAACUAGGCAGGGGUACAGUUUUUGCACCAGACGUCCGACAAAACUUCAGCUGCAGGAACUUUGCACGGCAGUACCACCUAAACGUUGUGGCUGCCUCAUAUUUCAACUGUCAAAGGGAAGGUGGAUCAGGCGGAAGAAGUAUAUAG